CCCAAGCUAGGGGCCGGGAUCGAUCGAGCCCCCGGGGUCACGUGACCAGAGCUGGGGGCUCCUGUCUGAGCACUCCAGCUUCUUCUCCCCAGGUGCCCAUCGGAGGGAAAGAUGGCUGAUGCGCAGAACGUCUCGCUGGACGGCCCGGGGAGUGUGGGGGCCGUGGCCGUGCCUGUGGUCUUUGCCAUCAUCUUCCUGCUGGGCACAGUGGGCAACGGGCUAGUGCUGGCCGUGCUGUUGCAGCCCAGCCCCAGUGCCUGGCAGGAGCCCGGCAGCACUACGGACCUGUUCAUCCUCAACCUAGCGGUGGCCGACCUCUGCUUCAUCCUGUGCUGCGUGCCUUUCCAGGCCGCCAUCUACACACUGGACGCCUGGCUCUUUGGGGCCCUCGUUUGUAAGACGGUGCACCUGCUCAUCUACCUCACCAUGUACGCCAGCAGCUUCACGCUGGCUGCGGUCUCGGUGGACAGGUACCUGGCCGUGCGGCACCCGCUGCGCUCGCGGGCCCUGCGCACGCCGCGCAACGCCCGCGCCGCCGUGGGGCUCGUCUGGCUGCUGGCGGCCCUCUUCUCGGCGCCCUACCUCAGCUACUACGGCACCGUGCGCUACGGCGCGCUGGAGCUCUGCGUGCCCGCCUGGGAGGACGCGCGCCGGCGCGCCCUCGACGUGGCCACCUUCGCCGCCGGCUACCUGCUGCCCGUGGCCGUGGUGAGCCUGGCCUACGCGCGCACGCUGCGCUUCCUGUGGGCGGCCGUGGGCCCCGCGGGCGCGGCGGCGGCGGAGGCCCGGCGCAGAGCCACGGGCCGCGCGGGGCGGACCAUGCUGGCGGUGGCCGCGGCACGACGGCGACGAGGGGACGCGCCAACGCCAGGGGUCCUCUGA